AUGCCUCUCUACGAGCUGCUGUGUAUUGCCGCGUCCUCUGCCGAGUCGGCACCUUUGCGCGAUCUGGUUAAGUCGACAUCCAAGCUCAUCCUGGAGAAUGGAGGUGCAGUACGAGGAGUUCAAUACUGGGGUCAACGACGACUCCCGCAGCGGGCACGCAGACAUCAGCAAUACCACAGCACUGGAGACUACUGGCUCAUGCACUUUGAUACCAACGCACCUGUUCUCAAAUCGCUCAACGACCGUCUUCGAGCCGAUCCACGAGUGAUCAAGUGGACCGCACUCAAGCUUGGAGAUAAGCUCGACCAAAUCACACCCAAGGCCACAUCAGGAGGACAGGACUCGAUUUCCGAUGCUCCCGAAGCACGAGCUCUGUUCGGAGGAAAGACGAUGCGAUACGGCUGGCAAUAG